UGAAGCAUCAAGCUGUCGACAACACCGACAUAAUCACUUUACUCUUUGUUUAGCAAACAGUUGUUGUGCAAACACGGUUAGCACUCAGUCAUGUUCCAGGCUUGCAAGCCACCUAAUGAAUGGCCCACUCUGAAAAUGGACCAGGCUUUGUUAAUAUUUCACAACCAGCUGGCAGAAGAAGUGCAGGUCUUUUACACAUCAGAUCACUGCUACAAGUGUCUGUACCAGCAUUUGGUCACCGUGAAGCCCAACAACAACAAUGCAUCUGUGGUGAUCAGCACAAAAUUCACUCUGACUAUGCAAGUGGACUCACAGUCCAGGAAUGCGACACUCUGCAGGUGGAGUCAGACGUAUGGGGAAGGUGGUCAUUACUCUGUUUGGAUCCAGAUGUCCGAGUCUGCCAGCUGCACUGACGCUGUGGAUAAAAUCCCAAACAACGUCUACCUUCCUCUCCUGGUAGCAGCUCUCUUACUGGGCGUAAUCGCUCUCUUAUUUGCUGUGGCACCCUACAUCUUCAGGAGGCGUUGCCCCUCCGAAUGUACUAAGUCCAUUUGCUGCCAAGGCUCACAGUACUCAGUGGAUAAUGAUGAGGCACAGGCUUGUGAGGCAGAGGAGGAAAAUACCACUAAAGCCAAACCAACACGUCUGCUCUCACUGGACACUUUCCGAGGGUUUUCCCUGACAGUGAUGGUGUUUGUGAACUACAGUGGGGGAGGCUACUGGUUCUUCCAACAUGCACCAUGGAAUGGCCUUACUUUGGGAGACAUUGUCAUGCCAUGGUUUGUGUUUAUUAUUGGGACUUCGGUGGUGUUGGCUCUCAGAUCCAUGCAGAGGAAAGGAGUCAGCCGCCUGCAGCUGCUGCGCAAAAUCACCUGGAGAACAGUCGUCCUGCUGAUGCUCGGCUUCUGCUUCCUCAACUACUCUCCCAGAGACGGACCACUGUCCUGGUCCUGGCUGAGGAUCCCUGGGGUGCUGCAGCGUCUGGGCUUCACCUACUUUGUCCUGUCUCUCCUGCAGACUUUCUGGGGCCAUGAAGAAAUUCCACUGCGAGCGCAUCACUGGUGGAACCCCGUCCAGGACGUGGUCCUGUACUGGCCACAGUGGCUGAUUAUCGUCCUGCUGGAGACUCUGUGGCUCUGCAUCACUCUGCUUCUGCCUGUACCCAACUGCCCCACAGGGUAUUUGGGAGCUGGUGGAAUUGGGGAUGACGGUCUUUACCCAAACUGCACUGGGGGCGCAGCAGGAUACGUUGACCGAUGGAUGUUUGGGGAUAACAUGUACAGAUACCCCACAUGCAAAGAAUUGUAUCGCUCCACGCAGCCCUUUGACCCAGAGGGGCUUCUGGGUACAAUAAACUCUGUUGUCAUAGGAUUCCUGGGGAUGCAGGCUGGGAAAAUUAUCAUUUUCUACAGGGGGAAAAACGUCUACAUCCUCUGUCGAUUCCUCGUGUGGGCCGUCAUCCUGGGAAUCUCUGCAGCCAUCCUUUCUAAGUGCACGCGAGAUGGAGGAUUUAUACCUGUCAAUAAAAACCUUUGGUCGUUGUCCUUUGUGUUGUGUAUGGGUAGUGUCUCCUUCCUGCUGCUGGGAGGCAUGUACUAUGUCACUGAUAUCAAAGGCUGGUGGGGCGGGCAGCCAUUCAUAUACCCAGGGAUGAACUCCAUCUUUGUAUAUGUUGGUCACACUCUCCUGGGGUUCUACUUCCCGUUCAGCUGGGAGAUGCGCUUCCAGGAGAGCCACUGGGAGCAGCUCUUCCAAAGCCUGUGGGGGACUGCAUUGUGGGUGCUCAUCGCUUACCUGCUGUACAGGAAGAAAUUCUUCCUCAAAAUAUAAACUAGGAUGCUCAUCUGUCCUAUUUUACAUUCUGUAGAUAACAUUAUUUUAUUGUUCAACUCUAACAAUCACUAUUUAUUGUAAGGUAUGUGGAAUACAAUAACUUCUGUGGGAAAUGUGUCCGACUGUUUUUGGCUUGGUUUACUUUCCAGUAAUGUACAACCUACCCAUGUACAAUUGAGUUGUACUAAUGCUUAAAAAAUAUUAUCAAACACUGGCUGCAUGAAGGCAAAAAUGAUGAAAAUGUAUGAAAACCUAAAGAAGAUGUUUGUUCCACCGUCAGUGUGGGCAGCUGAGGAUUUAUUUAAUGCCACUUGUUUUGUGCACUGAAUAGACUGAUUAAAUCAAAUAUACUGAGGUGGUACUUAACAAAUGAGGCCGAGUGAUUCCACUACACACCAGGCCAGCCAUUAUGAGUCUGUUGCCAUGGCCACUCCUUCCCCUUCUGUGCGUGUGCAGAUACCAUCUGCUGUCCGAGUGACAGUACUUUAAUAGGGGUCAAGAUGCACGGCUCACAAAGGAGUGUCAUUAAUGGGAACGACACCUCUUGCACUCAUUGUAUUAGAAAAUCAGGGAAAUGACAGAAAUCCAAUUCAUCAGAGAACACAACGAGCCGCCUUCAAGAGCCUGAGCACAUUUUAGAUAUUCAACACAUGCUCACCUACUGAAAAGGGGCUUAUUUUUUGAACAUAACGUUUCCACGUGGUUGAGUAUUGAGUGAUUUAUUGAUAUUUUUGUUUACAUGACAGUAUUGAACAUGCUGUGUGACUUUAGCAUCAGGUCAGGUGAUGUGUACAUCAUGAAAUGAACAUCUAGUUAAUGAAAUGACAGCAUCACGCUGCUUUCCAGAGUGAAAUCAUAUUACACACUGCUCAGAUGGCGUAGUAACGGUGUAAUAUGCUGUAGUGAUUUUGGUAAUUAUCUUAUGAACAGUCUGGAUCCCUGUAGGUGCAUCCUGCCUUUUUGAACAGGACUCUAGUCCAUAAUUGCUUUCUCCAAACCACUGUGCAAGAAAUGGAAACGCAUCUCCUCGAGAUGAAAAUAAAAUCAAUAGUCUAAAAA